UUCUAUUUUACUGCUCUGGAAUCCUUGCCUGUCACUGCCAUUUGUAGCCAGGUGGUGGAGCCAUCGGGUCAAUGUUUCUCCUCUGCAGGCAACCACGGUAACCCCCCAGCUCCGGCGUACUACUAGCCUUGUCUGAGCCAGAACGGCCAAUAGGGCACUAGCCGAUCUACUGUUUCUGUAAAGGGAUGCAGUUUUUGUUUACUUAGCGAAAGAAUUCAGAUCUAGAUUAAGUGUCUAGGAGGAGGGACUAGAGGUUGUUUCUAGAUGUUAAUUUAGUUAUUGUGUCUGUCCCUGGUUAGCCCUGCCUGGACAGUUGUCCCACACUAUGAUCUCAUUCAUCAGGCCAGGCUAAUCUUCUCAACAGUAUCCUCUCAUCCAGAGGCCAUGUAUCACCCUCUGUUAUGUAACACUCCUACACAAUUAGAUAUCUUUACAAAAGAGUACAAUUAAGCUGAAAAGGAGUAGAAUUUAGUCACAAUUUACAUAGGGAGAGUCUUUGUUUCACUGUGGAUGCAACCGCACAAUACAAUUACACAAUGUAACAGCACAGUAAUAUAAUGUUACUAGAGUCAUUACAGUGUAACUACACAAUAAAAAUCUAUGUAAAGUGUUACCAAAUAAAAGAUGCGUUGUGCCCUCAGAGGAUUCAACUAGACUGAAGUACUAAGCUGAUCAGAGAAUACAAGAGGUUACAGUAACCUUAAAUCCUUCAUGAACAACACAAUCAGUUAAGUGCAGGACUGUCAAUCCGCUAAUCAAUUUAUCCUCCUUACCAUGUCACACAUUCAUCAAUCAUCUGUUGUGAAAGCCAUUGUAAGCAACAUGGUCUACCCUACCAGAAGGUUCUAUCUUACCAGAGGGACCUCAAGGACACUUUCCCUUCCCAAUUACCAUUCAUUGUUUCAGAAUGGCCUGAGAUGCGUCAGUGUCCAUCUUUCCCUUCUUAGACGGAUCCAUAAUCAGCUUUCAAGUACCUCAGGUAAGCAAAUCAUGAUCAAACUUGACACUGUGCUUCCUAUUUCAUUCAGGUCCUGCCCCUUACCUGAAUAGGAUUGACUCAAUCUUCUCUACAGUGUCUGAACCUGGAUAUCACAGUCAAUGACAGUUGCUUCACUUUGGUUGUUAAUUCCAUCAACAAACAAAUGUACCAUAUGAUUUUCUUUGUGUGUAUGAUUGAUAUACAGUGCACCAUAGCACCCUGAAUGACUCAAUGAGAUUACAGUUCAUAUUUUGGUGUAAACAUACUAUACAUUGAAUGUAUUGAUUUCUGAUCACAUGAUAUCUCUGGAUGAUUGAUCCGAAGACCGUAAUGAAAUGACUAACAAGUGUUAUCUCAGUGUGGUUAUGAACUGAAGGGAGUUCAAAUCUACAUGGUCAGAGAUGACCAGUCAUUUUUGCUCUAUUGGGAGGUGGAGUGGCCACUGGGGCUUUUGCCUGUUGAACCUAUUUGUACAGUAAUGAGAUUAGUGGGUUAAUCCAGGAGUCAGGAAUAGACCUACUGCUCUUCCUCCUGAGGGAGGUACAGUACAUGACUAAGGAGGAGAGAAGAGGAGCGUCCAGGGAGGUGUCUUAACGUCCAGAGCCAUGCCACGGUUCAACCUACACCUCUGAUGGUCCUCCUUUCUCUGACUCCUCUCAACGGAGGCAGCCCAGGAUGCUGUAUUUCCAUGGAUCAAAAUACCUGUUCCUGGUGAGACAUGGCACUGCCAGUCCAGAGAUGAGCAUAACAAAUGCAGUAGAUGGUGUCGUUGCCAAACCCUACUUUCCAGAGAUAAUCCAGGCUGAUUAACUGAAGACCCGUGGUGGUGCAGGAAGACUAAAGCUUAGAUUUACAGCAUCUGAGCACACUGCUGUCUGUGGUCCAACGUGGGCAUGUGGAGUCGUUUUAGGUUGAUGUCUGAAGAUGCUGACGAUCACUAGCUCCACAUCCUUGUUGCUACAGGUGUAAGUGCUGAGGAUACUUUAUUUUACUAUUUUGAGGUUGCUGUUACUUUGUUCAUGUGAUUAGGUUUUUAUCUUAGUGUGUGUGUGUGUGUUUGUUUGUUUGUGUGUGUGCGCAUGCCAAGGCACUGCCAUGGCAGUGGAUGUCUGCCUGGGUAUUCCGUCCUCUAGUACUCCACCCUCAGACAAGCAGUGGAGUCCCCUACCGCUACAUGGAGUCAGUCAGGACCCCCCGGGCGAAUUACACGUUGGUCGGGGAGGUGAUACGUCAUGUCAUACCUGGAGCCACACAGUGCUCCAUAGGGUGUGGAGGUCUGAACUGCAAGUAUGAGGACCCUGACCGCUGGAGCGAGGACAAGCAAGCCAUCAAAGGCCUCUAUUCCUCCUGGGUCACAGAGAACCUACUUGCCAUGGCCAGGCCCUCUACUGCAUUAAUAGAAAAGUACAACAUCAUUGACCAAUUUAAAAGAUGUGGCCUAAAGACAGUGAUAAACCUGCAGAGACCAGGGGAACACGCCAGCUGUGGUCCCAACACACUGGAACCAGAGAGUGGAUUCUCCUACCGACCUGAGGUGUUCAUGGAGAAUGACAUAUAUUUCUAUAACUUUGGAUGGAAUGACUACGGGGUGGCCUCCCUCACAUCCAUCCUGGACAUGGUGAAAGUCAUGUCCUUUGCGAUGCAGGAGGGGAAAAUGUCUGUCCACUGUCAUGCUGGUCUGGGAAGAACAGGUGUGUUGUUAGCGUGUUACCUGGUCUUCGCCACGAGGAUGACCGCUGACCAGGCCAUCGUGUUUGUACGUUCUAAACGUCCCAACUCCAUCCAGACCAGAGGUCAGCUGUAUUGCGUGCGGGAGUUUGCCCAGUUCCUGGUCCCCAUCAGGAGUAUUUUCUCCUGCGCUGAGCCCAGUACUAACCCAGUCACCCUGUCCCAGUUCCUGACCCGCCAGAGACACAUGCUGCACGGCUAUGAGCGACGGGAGCUCAGGCACCUGCCCAAGAUCAUCCAUGUGAUCUGCAAGCUGCUGCUGGACAUCGCUGAGCACCAUCAGGUAAUCGAGGAGGACAUGCUGGACGUCAAUGACAUGACCGCCGAGGAGGAGGUGGAGUUUGAGCGCUACUACGACUUUGGCUUCACCAAGGGUAGCUUCGGCGGAGGCAGCAUGGGGGACCGGCCCCGCUUACCGGGACCCCCAACCAAACACCGACACGCCAACGAACCGGCCCUCUUCUACCACCGCAAGAGCCUGAGCUACAGCGAGUCGGACGUACAGAGGCUAGGCUCUGAACUCCACCUGCUGACCCAACCUCUCUCCAACUUUCUAUCCGCUAGCAACUUGCCUGUGGCCUGUUCUCCCUCCCUGAACUCCCUGCAUAGAACCCUGGCCACGGUCAGCCCCGUCACCACCACGUACAGCUCCCAAAAUGGAUUCUUUCCCCAUGGGUCCCUCUGGGAGCAGAAGAGCCUGGCAGAGGGAUCCCCACUCCUAAAGAAGAGGCAGAAAGCCUGCCAGAGCAGCGAGUCUGAGUGCCACCCUAAGCAGAAAACGUUUGGCAGCAUGUUGUUUAGGUGGAGGAAGAAGCAGAGGGAGAAGUUGGCGAACAAUGGGAAUGUGUCCCAGGUGUUUCAGAUAGAGGAGUCAGAGGUGCCCUUCAUCACCAUCCAGACAGAGCUGUCCAAGGAGGCCAGGCGGGUGCUGGUGGCCCAGGCCCUGGCGGUGGAUCUGGAGCUGGAUGGAGAGGACGAACACUUGGAGAGACUCCACGCCUGGCAGUCUGGGUUAAACAUGGGAGGGGCGUGGGAGAGGCUGUGUACAUUGGAGAAGGACCCAUUUGUGCUCUCUGGGCUGAUGUGGACCUGGCUGGAGCAGCUGAAGGAGCCAGUCAUCUCCGUCAGAGAUGUACAGAAACUGGACCUUAACGACAGUGACCCUGCAAACCCAGAGGCUGUCUUCAAACCACUGGACCAGGCUCCCAGGGAGAUGUUGAUGUGCAUUCUGGACUGUAUGGCUCAUGUUCUCACAAUACCAGAAGAGGUGGAGGCUGCUUUCCUGGAGCGCACCAUCAAGGCUUUCACCAAGAUGGGAAAAUGCUCAGCGGUGUAUCCGGCCAUGACAGAGAUCCUCAGACUGGUCCUACAUGACAUGAGGUUUAUAGCCAUAGAGGAGGAUGAGGUACCAUUUAUGCCUCCCGGCCCUAUUAUGCUGACUCCAUAGCCCUGCUGCAUUCUGUUCCAGACUGUCCCUAUGUAGAGACUUGUUAUAUAUUAAACAGCCAUGUACAGUGGCAAGAAAAAGUAUGUGAACCCUUUGGAAUUACCUGGACUUCUGCAUCAAUUGGUCAUAAAAUUUGAUCUGAUCUUCAUCUAGGUCACAACAAUAGACAAAUACAUUCUGCUUAAACUAAUAACACACAAACAAUUAUACUUUUUCAUGUCUUUAUUGAACACCGUGUAAACAUUCGCAGUGCAGGGUGGGAAAAGUAUGUGAACCCUUGGAUUUAAUAACUGGUUGACCCUCCUUUGGCAGUAUAACCUCAACCAAACGUUUUCUGUAGUUGCGGAUCAGACCUGCACAACGGUCAGGAGGAGAAUUUGAACUAUUCCUCUUUACAAAACUAUUUCAGUUCAGCAAUAUUCUUAGGAUGUCUGGUCUGAACUGCUCUCUUGAGGUUAUGCACAGCAUCUCAAUCUUCUGUUGAAGUCAUUCUGUUGUUGAUUUACUUCUGUGUUUUACGUCGUUGUCCUGUUGCAUCACCCAACUUCUGUUGAGCUUCAAUUGGCAGACAGAUAGCCUUACAUUCUCCUGCAGAAUGUCUUGCUAAACUUGGGAAUACAUUUUUCCGUCGAUGAUAGCAAGCUGUCCAGGCCCUGAGGCAGCCAAGCAGCUCCAAACCAUGAUGCUCCCUCCACCAUACAUUAUAGUUGGGAUGAGGUUUUGAUGUUGGUGUGCUGUGUCUCCACACAUAGUGUUGUGUGUUCCUUACAAACAACUCAACUUUAGUUUCAUCUGUCCACAGAAUAUUUAGCCAGUAGCGCUAUGGAACAUCCAGAUGCUCUUUUGCAAACUUCAGACGUGCAGCAAUGUUUUUUUUUUGGGACAUUAGUGGCUUCUUCCGUGGUGUCCUCCCAUGAACACCAUUCUUGUUUAGUGUUUUACGUAUUGUAGACUCGUCAACAGAGAUGUUAGCAUGUUCCAGAUAUUUUUGUAAGUCUUUAGCUGACACUCUAGGAUUCUUCUUAACCUCAUUGAGCAUUCUGCGCUGUGCUCUUGCAGUCAUCUUUGCACUCCUCGGGAAAGUAGCAACAGUGCUGAAAUUUCUCCAUUUACAGAUCAUUUGUCUUACCGUGGACUGAUGAACAUCAUGGCUUUUAGAGAUUAUUUUGUCAAGUCAACAAUUCUUAUUAUUAGGUCUUCUGAGAUCUCUUUUGUUCGAGGCAUGGUUCACAUCAGACAAUUCGUCUUGUGAGUAGCAAACUCAAAUUUUGCAAGUGUUUUUAUAGGGCAAGGCAGCUCUAACCAACCAUCUCCAAUCUCGUCUCAUUGAUUGGACUCCUGACUCCAAAUAGCUUUUGGAGAUGUCAUUAGCCUAGGGGUUCACAUACUUUUUCCAACCUAGACUGUGAAUGUUUAAAUGAUGUAUUCAAUAUAAUUUGUGUGUUAUUAGUUUAAGCAGACUGUGUUUGUCUGUUGUUGUGACUUCGAUGAAAAUCGGAUCUAAUUUUAUGACCAAUUUAUUCAUCCAGAUAAUCCCAAAGGGUUCACAUACUUUUUCUUGCCACUGUAUGUUGUGCCUUCCUGUGCAGUUUGGGUUGUUUUUAAUCCACAGUUUGUUGUUUUGUCAUCACAUAUUGUAUUUAAAUAUGACUUGUUUACCUCAAUAUUGUACAGUUACAAUGCAGACCCAAGGAAAUGCAGUUUAUUUCAGAGUUUACAAUUAAAGUGUCAGUUUGGUUUUGUUAAUUAAGCAGAUCAAGUUGGAGUAUUUGUUACAGUAUAUGCCUUAAAGACUUGUAGUUAUAUUGAUCAUGUAACAUCCAACACAUGAAUUGAAAUACUUAAUCUCCACAUAAAGCCAGCUCCGUGAUAAUCACCAUCCCUGUACAGAAAUGUGGUAUUACACAAAAAUAAAGUAUCAUGGCACGGUAAA